UCUUCUGUUCUCACUUUAUUUCCUUCUUGCAAGACACGACGCUCAGCACAAAAACCUUAACUGAAAAGACUCACCCAAGACGCUUCUCCUCCUUUGUUGUAUUUCUUCCUUGCAGGACAGAACACGCGGUACAAAAACCUUAACAUAACAACAAGACCACCCAGAGGAACCUAAACAGGAAGAAAAACAGAGUCGGUUUGUUCUCUUAAUGGUGUCGGUUAACCCGAACCCGGCUCCAGGGUUUUAUUUCUUCGAUCCUAUGAAUAAUAGUAGUCAUAUGGAGUUACCCGGUGUCAAUUUUCUGCCACCAACUAAUACUAAUACUGCUACCGAUACUUGUAAUGAUACAGUUGCAGCAGCUAAUACUACUACCACUAAUAAUAAUAAUAAUAAUCAUAAGCUGGUGUCGUUCUCGGAGGAUCCGAAUAAGAAGAUUCGGAAACCUUAUACUAUUACCAAGUCUAGAGAGAGCUGGACUGAACAAGAGCACGACAAGUUUCUAGAAGCUCUCCAAUUAUUUGAUCGUGAUUGGAAGAAGAUUGAAGCAUUUGUUGGGUCAAAGACUGUCAUACAGAUACGGAGCCAUGCGCAGAAGUACUUUCUGAAGGUUCAGAAGAGUGGAACAAGCGAACAUGUACCUCCACCUCGGCCAAAGAGAAAGGCAGCUCAUCCUUACCCUCAAAAGGCUCCUAAAAGUGCUGCAGUUGCAUCCCAAGUGACUGGGUCAUUUCAAUCUUCAUCUGCUUUGCUUGAACUUGGAUAUCUCUACAGGCCUGAUUCAACAUCAGUUCUUGGAAAUCCAAUUACAAGUGGAGCUUUAUCUACCUGGAGUUUUAACUCUGUACCACCAGUCAGCAUGUCACAGAUAACUAAUGAUGAUGUGGGAUUGGCUGGGCCAACAAUUGCAAAUAAAUGUUGCUACAGUAGCAGUAAUGAAAGUGCCUCGAGGACUUGGCAAACUGGCAAAAUAAUUGAUAGACGGGCUCAGGGCAAGCCAGAAAGAGUUAUGCCGGACUUUGCUCAAGUGUACAGCUUCAUUGGAAGUGUCUUUGACCCCAAUGGCAGUGAUCACUUGCAGAGAUUGAAGCAGAUGGACCCAAUAAAUUUGGAAACAGUUUUGUUGUUGAUGAGGAACCUCUCUAUCAAUUUGACAAGUCCAGAAUUUGAGGAUCAUAGAAGGUUGCUUGCGUCUUAUGAUGUUGACUCUGAGAAGGUUAAUGAGGGUGGUGUGUACAGAAAUACCACUGUUGAUAGGUUGGGAAACCCUAUUCCAGCUAUUUGAACAGUGGAAAAGAAAAUUCAUUGAACUUCCUGUAUUGUGGACACAAACCGUGAAACGCCAAUCUUGGAAGAGAAGGCUACGUGGGUGGCAUCGUUAAUGAGUGAAAGUGUCUAGAAGUUGAUCUGUAUAUAUGUAUGUCUUAUAUAAUAUAGAACAUGCUCUUCCUAGGUCCGUCAAUCUGUAGUGUCUUGUGUGUACAUAUACAUGUUCCCAUUGCUUUCCAGGAAUCUAGGACAGUUUUAUCCUCCACUUUAUGGCCCAAGGGCAAUCUUGUAUAGAGCUGAGUGCUUUUACUUUUGUGUUCUUUUAGGUUUCUUGAGGUUUUUGUUUGCGGGAGCAGCAUUUAGGAGCUGUAUAAUGUGUAUUGAGCAAUCAAUGUGAAGGGGAAACCUUGUACAAAUAAUACAAAGAACGAAUCGUGAACAAACUAAGCCCUUACUCUUGUAUUACCUGACAUUAGCUUGACUAAAGUCGUCUGUCCAUGUGGUGGCAUGUUUUUUGGUUCAA